AUGUGGCUGAAGUUCCUCCAGGAAUGGAUUGACGAGGGGCCGCCGGCCGUCUUCUGGAUAUCUGGCUUCUACUUCACCCAGUCCUUCCUCACCGGGGUUCUGCAGAACUUCUCCAGGCACAAUCGCAUUCCGAUUGACCACGUGCACUUCGAGUUCACGGUCACCGCGAUGGAGGCGGAGUGCGAGGAGCGGCCCACCUUCGGGGUGUAUUGCAAGGGCCUUUUCCUAGAGGGUGCCAGGUGGAACCGACAAAUUGAACAAUUGGACGAAUCCUACCCAAAAAUUCUGUUUGACACCAUCCCCAUAAUUUGGUUCAAACCAGCACUAAUCGAAGAUUUUAACCCCCCACCAUGUUACUUCUGCCCCAUAUACAAAACCAGCGAGAGGAAAGGCGUGUUGGCAACAACAGAGCCAAAGAAGCCGAUCGGAAAGAUCUUGAUCGUCGAAUACGCGAGCCGCCCUGCGUUUAAUGCGGUCAAACGGAAGAAGCAGGUAAUGGUGGGCUCCCGCCCAGAAAUGAGAGCAGUGCUCCACGUGCGAACGAAUUUGCGCCUUAUAAAGGCU